CAUUUACCAACUUUUCUUCUUCCUAAAAUUUAAAAGCAACAACAGUCGCAAAGCACCCCACUCCACCCCGAGGCAGCAGUUUCACCCCCACUGCGGAAUCCCGCAAAUCUGCAGCUCUAGCCCCUUACAAACUCGGCAACUAAUAUCCCCACCGUUCCUACUCACAACCAAUCUACCCCACUUGGCAUCCCGCUGCGCUGGCAGCCCAACCUCCGCCUUCCUCACCCGUCGCCCCACCAAACCAACCUAAUUCCCCCUUCCUUCUCUCAUAGCCUUGCUACUCCAUAGAGUUGAAAUUUGAAGAUGUCCAGGAAGAGGGAAAAUGGUGAUAGUGGGAAUGAAGAUGGGUACUCAAAGAGGCUAAAAGUGGCAGCAGAGCAGUCGUCACCAUCCCCUUCUCCUCUUGGAUUUGAGAACCCGCUAUUACCAUUAGCUAACACGUAUGAUGAUGAUGAGGAGGAUGAGGAAGAAAUUGGAAGGAGGGUGCUUAGUGGAGGAUCCAGUAGAGCCAAGGAUGAACAAUAUGGUUAUGGAGUUCAAGAAGAUGGGAAUGAGGAUGAGGAUGGCCGUGAUGAUCAAGGGGUUGGUCAAGGGAAACGAAGCAGAGUCGUUGAAGUAAGGCGGGACUGUCCUUAUCUAGAUACUGUUAAUCGUCAGGUGUUGGAUUUUGAUUUUGAGAAGUUUUGCUCUGUUUCUCUGUCGAACUUGAAUGUGUAUGCAUGCUUGGUUUGUGGGAAGUAUUAUCAAGGAAGAGGACAGAAGUCCCAUGCAUAUACUCAUAGUUUGGAAGCAGGACACCAUGUCUAUAUCAACCUUCGAACAGAGAAAGUUUACUGCCUUCCCGACGGAUAUGAAAUUAAUGAUCCAUCAUUGGAUGAUAUUCGGCAUGUGCUAAACCCAAGGUUUACCAAGGAUCAAGUAGAACAGCUUGACAAAAAGAAGCUGUGGUCUAGGGCGUUGGAUGGUUCAGACUACCUGCCAGGAAUGGUGGGUUUGAAUAACAUUAAGGAGACUGAUUUUGUGAAUGUCACAAUUCAAUCCCUAAUGAGAGUUACUCCAUUAAGAAAUUUCUUUCUUAUCCCGGAAAACUAUCAACACUGCAAAUCUCCACUUGUUCAUCGAUUUGGAGAACUCACAAGAAAGAUUUGGCAUGCCCGAAACUUCAAAGGACAGGUGAGUCCACACGAGUUUCUGCAAGCAGUUAUGAAAGCCAGUAAAAAACGUUUUCGUAUAGGUGCACAAUCCAAUCCUGUUGAGUUCAUGUCAUGGCUUCUUAACACACUGCAUGCAGAUCUUAGAACAACAAAGAAAAAUACUAGUAUCAUCCAUGACUGCUUUCAGGGGGAAUUGGAGGUUAUAAAGGAGAUUCCUGGUAAUGCAAUCUCUGAGAAGAAAGAAAACGGUGACGAUCUGAAUGCUGCUCAGAUAACUGAUGGUGGAAGUGAACAGAAUACUAUUAUGAAGGAAACUUCUAGAAUGUCGUUCCUGAUGCUUGGCCUUGAUUUGCCACCACCACCUCUUUUCAAAGAUGUGAUGGAAAAAAAUAUCAUACCUCAGGUUCCAUUAUUUAAUAUAUUGAAGAAGUUUGAUGGGGAAAUGGUGACUGAGGUUGUUCGUCCUCGUGUGGCUAGAAUGAGAUAUCGUGUCACAAGAUUACCACAAUACUUGAUCCUUCACGUGCGGCGCUUCACAAAGAAUAAUUUUUUUGUGGAAAAAAAUCCAACACUUGUCAAUUUUCCUGUGAAAAAUUUGGAAUUGAAGGACUACAUACCUUUGCCAACACCGAAAGAGAAUGAAAAAUUGCGUUCCAAGUAUGAUUUGAUUGCCAAUAUUGUUCAUGAUGGUAAACCUGAGGAGGGGUUCUACAGGGUUUUUGUGCAGCGGAAGUCAGAAGAAUUAUGGUAUGAGGUGCAGGAUCUUCAUGUUUCAGAAACUCUUCCUCAAAUGGUUGCACUCUCUGAGGCAUAUAUGCAGAUAUAUGAGCAGCAGCAAUAGCUUAAAAAAAUAAUAAUAAAAGAAGGGUUAGCAAAACUGAUAGAGCAUUAGAAUUUUUAGGGAGAAAAUCUAGAUUCAAGCCCUUGUCAUGUUUGUAAAACCCUCUAAUUAAUUACUUAAAAAAAAAGGCAAUAACUGAAAACAAUUGAAGCUACAAUGGUGAAUGUGUAUUAACUGGUUCAAUUUGCUGUCAGAUGAGUUCAAUUUUGUGUACUGGAAAAAGUUAUUGACUCUUUUAAGCUAGCAGAUAUGCCACUGUAGAAGCAGUUGCCUUGGUUUAGGUUUAGAAAAAUGUCUGAGGUUUUAUAGAAAUUGUUAUACACAAUUUUAUUAUGCUCUGGAAAUCUUCAGAAAGCAUCAAUUUGCAUCAA